AGGCUCCGGGCCGGCCGCUGGGGUUCAACGUGGUACUCACAGCCCAGGGCGCGCAGGGCCUCCAGCAGGAUGUCGGCACCAGCAUCUUCCAGAAGGGCUGCAAGAGGCCGCAGGGACACGGCUGUCGUCAGUGCCCGGCUGCGGAGAGCGGAUCCCCGGCCUGGGCCCAGCCGCCUCCACACCACGCGCCUGCCCGGCUGGGAAACCGACCCAAUUCCGGGGCGCCCCCCGCACCUGCGUCCACGCGCACCGCCACGCGCCGCAGGGCCUGCUCGGGCCGCAGCGCCUCGGCCACCGCCCUGCGCUCCUCCGCCGCCGCCCUGCGUUCCUCCACCGGCCCGCAGGCCGUCGCGCCGGCCUCCGCGCCAGCGGGGCCCUCGCCGUCCGAGUCCGAGACCUCCCAGGUCGGGGGCCGCCACGGCCCCCCGCCCCGGGCCCCCGCCCGGCGCGAGCACCCCGCCCUCCCGGAGCCCUCCCGCGCCAUAGCCGGCCCGGCCUCCACUCAGCUUCCGGCCGCACCCGGACGCCUUUCGGCGGGACACUGGCCGCUUCCGGCGGCGGCGGCGCGGCUUCCGGUCGCUGCACGGACGAGCGGGGCUCAGACCAUGGCGCGGAAGAAGGUGCGGCCGCGGCUCAUCGCCGAGCUGGCCCGUCGCGUGCGGGCCCUGCGGGAGCAGCGAAACCGGCCGCGCGACUCGCAGCGCUAUGCCCUGGACUACGAGACGCUGACGCGGCCGUACUCUGGCCGCCGGCUGCCGGUCCGCGCCUGGGCCGAUGUGCGUCGGGAGAGCAGCCUCUUGCAGCUGCUCAGCCGCCUGCCGCUCUUCGGCCUGGGCCGCUUGGUCACGCGCAAGUCCUGGCUGUGGCAGCACGACGAGCCGUGCUACUGGCGCCUGACGCGCGUGCGGCCCGACUACACGGCGCAGAACCUGGAGCACGGGAAGGCCUGGGGUGUGCUGACCUUCAAAGGUGAGGCGCUGGGGACCGGGCGGGGGCCCCCGGCUGCCGGACGGACGGAGAGCGAGGCCCGGGAGAUUGGGCAGGUCAUGUACCACGACUGGCGGCUGGUGCCCAAGCACGAGGAGGCGGCCUUCACCGCGUUCACGCCCGCGCCGCCCGAGGACGCUCCGCGCUGCGUGCCCUACCCGCCGCUCAUCCGGGCCAUGAUUCUAGCAGAGCGGCAGAAAAAGGGGGACUCCAGCACCGAGGAGCCCAUGCUGAAUCUGGAGCGGACCCGAGUGGAUCCCUGGGACUACCCUGCGAGACAGGAGGCGAAGAAAAAGGCCAAGGCCACGCCAGUCUAAGUGCCAGCACUGGGUUGCCGCGGGACAGGUGUCUGGCGCUGGGCCCCGGUUUGUGAAUGAAGACGCCUUUGGGCUGCAGCUGGGACAGCCCCCCCCCCCCCCCCCGGGAGCGUGGAGCCAGGCCCUGCCCCUCGCGCCUUUGCUCUGGGCGAGCUGGCCGCCACGGGGAAGCGGGGGGCGGCGGGGCUGGCAGCGCGGAGCCCCAGUGCCCGCGCCAGUCGCUUACCCCCUACGUGCGGCCCUUGCCGGACUCAGCCGGGAACCGUUUGCGCGCGAAUAAAGGCAGAACCAGUGCCCUGGGUUGUGGUUUUUUUGAGUUUGGGGUUGGGCAGCCACAGCAGGUUGUGGGCAGGGCUGGGG